CUUCACAAAAUGAAUUUCGUGACAGGUGGUCUCCACUGAUUGGAAUUCUUCAAAAUUGUGAUUUUCUUGUUGAACUGGCUCAAAAUUUAGAAUUCUGUAUCAACUGUGAUCUUUCAGUAAUCCUCGAUCGAGCUAGUGAAGAAUUGGGAAUUGUGAGGUCCAAGAGAAAAAGGAACAUGGAAAAUUUGGAAUCAAUGUUGAAGGAGGUGUCAUCUAGGAUUUUUCAGGCUGGUGGAAUUGACAGACCGGUAGUAACCCAACGUCGAUCAAGGAUGUGUGUUGGUGUUAGAGCAACCCACAGAUCUUUGCUCCCAAAUGGUGUGAUCUUAAAUGUUAGUAGCACCGGAUCAACAUACUUUAUGGAACCUGAAGCUGCAGUUGAACUAAAUAACAUGGAAGUGGAGCUUUCAAGUUCUGAGAGGAAAGAGGAACAAGUGGUGCUGAGUUUGCUUACAUCUGAAAUCGCUCUAUCGAAAAUGAAGAUAAAAGUUCUGCUAGACCGGAUAUUAGAAAUAGAUUUUGCGUUUGCCAGAGCUUCUCAUGCUCAUUGGAUAGAUGGGGUCUGUCCAGCUCUUAGUUCAAAAGGAUGCAAUAAUUUAGCUGUGGAUAUUGAAGGCAUAUAUCACCCUCUGCUCCUUGAGCGCUCCUUGAGAAGAUUGCCUGAUCUUGUAAGAUCUAAAUCCCAAACUUCACCUUAUUUAGAUCUGAGGAAGGAUCCAUUAAAGCCUGGUCAUGUGUUUCCUGUACCAAUUGAUAUCAAAAUUGAAUACGGAAAAAGAGUGGUUGUGAUAUCAGGCCCUAAUACAGGAGGCAAAACCGCUACGAUGAAAACCCUGGGUCUGGCUUCUGUUAUGCUCAAGGCUGGCAUGUACUUAGCGGCUCAUAAUAAUCCCAGGCUUCCCUGGUUUGAUCUAGUUCUGGCGGAUAUAGGUGAUACUCAGUCUGUUGAACAAAGUUUCUCAACUUUUAGCGGGCAUAUCUCUCGGAUUCGCAAGAUCUUGGAAGCUGCUUCUGAAAGUUCUCUCAUUCUCAUCGAUGAAAUCGGCAGUGGUACUGAUCCUUCGGAAGGUGUAGCUCUUGCAACAAGCAUACUGCAUUAUCUCAAAGAAAGAGUUAAUUUAGCAGUUGUAACCACCCACUACAGUGAUUUAACAUGUUUGAAAGAGAAGGACGACCAAUAUUGUAAUGCAGCAAUGGAUUUUUGUUUGGAUUCUCUGCAACCUACGUUUAGGAUUCUUUGGGGAAAUAUUGGCGAGUCAAAUGCCUUGACCAUUGCUAAGUCAAUUGGGUUUGAUGAAAGGAUAGUUAGUCGGGCACAAUCAUGGGUAAACAAAUUCACGCAAGACAAGAUGCAGGAGCAGAAAGGAUUUCUUUACCAGUCACUAGUGGAAGAAAGAGAGAGAUUAGAAACCCAAGCAAAGAAAGCUGCUUUUCUUUAUUCAAAUGCUGUGCAUCUUUUCCAUGAGAUUCGAGAUGAGGCACAAGAUUUAGAGGAACAUGAAGAAGCUCUGAAGGCAAAGGAAACACAAAAAACAGAAAAAGAAGUAAGGGCUGUGAAGAUGGAGAUAGAAGCUGUACUGCAAGAUUUUGAGAACCAACUCAAGACUAUUGGUAUUGAUCAGGUCAAUUCACUCAUCAAGAAAUCAGAGUCUGCAAUUGCAUCCAUAGUUAAAGCUCAACAGCCUUCCGAAGAACUUAUCAGAAAAAGAGGCCAAGAGUUUUAUACCCCAAGGGUAGGAGAACAAGUGAGUGUCAAGAGUUUAGGGAAUAAAUUGGCUACUGUUAUUGAAGAGCCCGGGGAAGAUGAUGAAACUGUUGUUGUCAAAUAUGGAAAAAUUCGAGCUCGUGUGGAUAGAAGCAAUAUAAGAGCCAUUGUAGCCAAUCCUGCAAUAGGUUCUGUCCGGAGUUCAAGAAAGCAGGGUCAACAAGGGAUGAAGAAUAAUCUGAAGGAGCUAAGAAGCCUGACUGCAGCCAACUACAAGGAUGAGGAUUCUUAUGGCCCUAUCCUGCAGACAUCGAGAAACACAGUGGACUUGAGAGGAAUGCAUGUGGAGGAAGCUUCUCACCAACUCAGCCUGGCUAUAGACACAAGAGGGCCCAAAUCCGUUCUUUUUGUUAUUCACGGGAUGGGGACAGGUGUCAUUAAGGAUUUGGUGUUGAAGUUGCUAAGAGAUCAUCCGCGUGUCGCUAAGCUUGAACAGCAAAGCCCGAUGAAUUACGGUUGUACAGUUGCUUAUCUUAAGUAGAAAAUUUUCUCUUCACUGAGUUCACUCAGAACAGCCAUUGUAAAUAUUAUUUUGUGGACAGGUAAGGGGAAAGGCUUAUUUGUACAGUUGUGUGAAUGUGUGAUGUGAUUAGUAUUCAGACGUUAUUACAGUAAAAGGAAAUCUGCUGGGCGGUUUUUUUCUAGUUUAUUUAGCAAUAAUUGUAAUACGGAGUAUGAUAUUUCAGUAUUUUGUACUGCGUUCAUGCCAUACCCGGCAUUCUGCUACAAACUGCAUAGUGAGUUUGAUUAUAGCUCAAUUAUGUUGCAUGACAAUUGACAAGGAAGCUGAAUGCACGAUAGUUAUUUAUAUUGGAAA